AUGUCUUUGGAUGUAAAGAAAAUUUUAAAUUUUCCUCAAGGAUGUAUUGAAUACAUUCCUCAGUUUGAAAAUGAAACAAUGUCCAGCAAGGAUUUGGACAUAUUAGGUGGUAUACUACAUGAUACACGACAUGUAUGGCAUGCUAAGGGUCCUACAUUGGAAGUUAGAAAUACAAAAACGGGUUCAAAAGUAGGUGCUUGGGUAUUUGGUGGUAUAUUGAAAGAUUCCAAUACUACAAUAACAUGUGUUGAAGAAAUACCAAGACCCAAUGGCCGCAUUUCACUUUUAGCUGUUGGAAUUGAUUGUACUAUAAGUGGAGGGAUUAUUUGCAUCUUUGAUAUUUUUAGUUCUAAAGUGUUGAGGGCAAUACAAGUUAAAGAAAAACUUUCAUAUCUACAUGUAAUAGAUCCUGGUAUCAAAGAGUUAAAUUUAUCAGGGCCAUUGAGAAAUUUUGAUGGAAUAUUGGCUGCAGGAUUAGAUGGAGGAGAUGUAAUUAUUGUAGAUGUGUGUCGGCAGAUUUGUGAGGAGUCUUUACACUCAAUUUCAAAGAGGGAUGAGCUUAACCCUUCUCAGCUAGUCAUUUUGACUUUACGACAUAUGCCCAAAAUUGAACAAUAUAAAGAAGGAUGUGUAAGGGAUGGUAAUCAUCUUGCAAUUCAUCUAAAUGCUGUUUUUAAUAGUACUACUGAACAUUUUGUACUCAAAGGGCCUAAAGAUGAUGACAGAAUCCAUGUGAAUAGAGCAGAAGUUUUAACCAGUGCACUCUAUUACUGCUCUCAGUUAACAUCUCUUUUAGUGGGUUAUAAUUUUGGAGCUUUUCAACUAUGGGAUUUGACAACUCUAAAAUUAGUUUAUACCUCACCAAUAUGUGAGGAGCAUAUUCCCAUUACCAGAUUUGCAUUGCUAGAGCCUACAGAUGAUCCUAGAGCAUUUUGCUACAUUUGGGUUGCAUUUGGUAACUCUGAAUUAUACCAAACUGGAUUGCCUUAUGCAGUUAUGUAUUCCCUAUGUUAUGAAUCAAAGGAGUACCAAGAGGGAUAUGGAUAUGUAUAUCAGGAUUUUCAUUAUUGCUCUAUAAGGUUUCAAAUUCAAUUGGGGCAAUUAGAAGAGAACAGGACAGGCACCAAUGCUAAAGGUGGUUACUGUUUAGGAUUUCAACCAAUAACAAAACUCUCCACUAGUAAAGAAUCAUUCGCACAUUCACCAGCAGGAGAUACUUUAACAUUAUGUUUAAUAUCAUGGACGGUAUGGUUUUCCAAGUCAGAAGUGGAAACUUGUUGCAUAGUAUUUGAUUUGAACCAGUGGUACAAGGAGCAGAUGCCUAGCGCUAGCAAUUGGAAAGAUUCAACGAAUUAUAUUCUAAGAGCAAAUAUAACGGAAAUGAUUCAAUUAAGUGGACAUAAAGUAACUAAUAUCUUGAAAGUUUUAGCAGAUGAUAAAUCUAUAACUCAAUUUAUGGGAGUACAAAGACUUGAAGAACAUUUUUACCCUACGUCGUUAUCAUUUAACUUAUGGGUGUUAAGAGAGGCUGAUGUUGUAUUGAUGCACAAUCAGGGAUUACAAAGAUAUUUACUUUCGCAAAUCGAAUCUGCAGGUCCUCUAUGUCUGAUCAGACCACAAGAUAUUUGCCAACAAGCUAUAUCUGUAGGUUUAACACCUCUUUUCAUAGAUAUCCAUCCCAAUAGAGCAUUAACAACGGAGACUCAAAGAGAAAUAAUAUUAAAUGUUGCUCUUGAGCAUCAGUUGAUAGGAUGGUUAUGCAAGUGUGCCUCGGAAUGGGCAAACGGAAGUUUUUCUUCUGCUGGAUGCUCUUUGGAUCUUAUUAUAAAUUGGGCCUAUGAAAGAGCCGAUAUUUUAAAAACUAACUGUGAUAAUUACUGUGUUCCUUUAUUUGAUUAUUCGCAAAUUCGAUUGGAUAACAAUGCAAAUGUUCUUUUGAAUAGUUGUACAAGACAGAUCAAUAGUUUGUGCGUUCUUUAUAAGCACAUUGUAAGCAAGUUGUGGACUUUCGUUGGGUGUUUGGACUUAGUUCAGAAACAUUUAAGGGGAUUGGAGAUGGUUUCUGUGUAUUUUGAGGUUCUUCAGUGGUUAGUAAAUGUAGGGCUAUUGCCAGAGUGUCACCCUUCAACGUACCCCAGACCUGACAAUUCGGAACGUAUCAGUGCUCCAUAUUUUGCAAAAGAAUUAACAGAAUAUUACAAUGAAAGACGUGCCCAGUUACGGAUAUUGACAAAAGAAACUUUCGGAAACACCGAUAGUCUUUUAUUUAUUGACAACUUGAUCGAAAAGAAAUGCGGAGGAAGAAAUUUAUUAAACCUAUGGUAUGAAGACCGUGGAACUGGCAUGUAUCCUCCGCCAUCUUUACAAAGUUUAAUAAGGACGUAUUUGGUGACUGGGGCUGGAAUAAAUUACAAGCAUUCUUUGGUGAUUUAUUUGUUUUUGGAUUUGGCAAUGGCUCUUGACCAAACUUGGUAUUCUUCAGUUGUAACGCAUCUCAUCAAAUUCCCGGCGGUUUUUAAAGUAUCUCCUAGCGUAAUAAAGAUAACACAAGCCUUUUGGCAAUUAGAUCACGGUGAUUUCACAACAGCCAUGGAACAACUUUUGGACCCUUUUGUGCUUGGCGAAGACCUUCAGCCGUGGCAUCAUAAUAUUGCGAUGAGGUCACUUUUACUGCAUAAACAGCCGAACUUUGCUUUACUAUACAUGCAAAUAAGAAAACCACCGAUUACAGACGAGCAUGAUGUACUAACUGCCAUCAGUUUAUUUAUAGCUAAUAACAUGUUAGACGAAGCUUUUUAUUUCAAGAAACAGCAUCAGAAUAAAAACGAAGAACAAUUAUUAACACAUCUAUUUAAUGAAUGCAGGAAAAACGAUGCUUUACAUUUAAUACUCUACAAGUGCUUGAACACCGAUGAAGAAAAAGCGUUCUUUGAUUACCUCAAGGCUAUCAAAAAUCCAACUUCAGAUGACCUUCAAAUUUUUUAUUACCUCUUAAGAUCUAGAUUCAUUGAAGCUUUCGAUACUCAUUCAAAUAUAAGGAGGAGAUGUCCAGAAAAACAGGGCUUAAUAGGGCAGAGUAUGGCAUCAAAGACGGACCAAAUUGUUAAAAUAUUCAAGACGUUAUUACCAGAUGUCAAUAAGAACUUAGUCGAAUAUAUUAGACGAGAAAGAACUAACCUAUGGAAAGAAGUUAAACGUCCCACUCCAAUGUCGGUUUUUGUACACGACACUAGUGAACAAGUUAAGUACAAAUCCACUCUAAUUCACGCCGCUUUGGCUAAAGCUAAACGGACGUUCCCAGAGAUUAUUGCUGUAGACGACUGUAGAGAUUUGAAGACCGAAGAAACGCCAUUCUUGAGAACUCCAACAAUAUGUAGAAACGGGAAAAGGGCCUUUACACCAGUGAUAACUCCAAAAAUAAUCGACAUGAAUGAUGAAGAUUCAGCCUCUGCAAGUAAGAGAAUGCGAAUAAGUCCAAGAUCUGAAAUUAAAAGUCCACAGUCUCCAAUUAAGAGAGUAGAUAUGCCGUUUACUUUGACACCAAUUGUUAAAAGAAAAACGUCCUUACAACGCGAUCUGUCUUCAUCAUACGACAAUCUGAAUUUAUGCACCCCUCAAAGUAUUUUAAAGGUUAGACAUCUUGUGCAAAAAAGAGACAGCGUUACAGAUGAUACACUUCAAGAUGAAGAUAAGGUCAGUGAAAAUCAUGGUGGCCGAUUAUUACAAAAUAAAAGUCUGCGUUUAGAAUCAAGAAGCUCUCUACCUCGUACGCCCAAGAGACAACAUGUACAAUUUGAUGAAGCAACACAGUUUACUACAUCUGUAAGCGAUGAAUCCAAACUGGAAAGUUCCUCAGUGGGCAAUCGUAGUAAUUUGAGGUCUUCAAUGUCCUCUAAGGAUAUUAGCUCCAUUUUGUCUUCAAGUGUCCAUGACGAACUUAGCGAUGAUGUUUUUUAUUCCCCUAAUAACUCUGGUAAUAGCAAUAUAGACGAAAAAGCAGAUGAAGAAGAAAUAGAAACAGUCCACACAGAAACAGAUCAGCGAAGGGCAUCGGUAGACAGUGAAGAGUCAGUUGACGAAAAGAAGGAACAGCCUGAGAAAGAAACUGAUAUUCUAAAAGGAAUUUCCACCCCCGAAAUAAAAGUGACAAAUGCAUCGCCCAGAGCUAGAAGAAGCUAUAAACGUUCAGUGGAACUAACGCCAACACGGUCUAGUCCAAGAUUAUCAAAAUUACAAGUAACACAGGAGGACCCAAGUGUUAGUGAGUCACAAACUCAGAGAAACAAAGAGAUUGAGGAACAUACAACGUCCGAUGAACUUUUGUCACCGAGACCAACUAGAUCAGGAUCUAAAUUAAAAGGAAGAAAGUCGUUGAGUAGACAAGUUCUCGAAAAUAAUACAUUUUCUAAAAUCUAUCCUCCUUCGACAAAAGAAAAUAUUGUUUCUGAAGAACGUUCUUAUUUCAAAUCAGAGAGAACCUCGAUCACUGAAAAAUCUUUAGUAGAAUCAAAAACUACUACUGUGGAAACGAAUACCUCUGUGGUCGAAACCGAAGAAAAAGCUUCACCCUUUAAAAUUACAUCGGAUACUCAUAAAACUCAUACAUCUAGCAGUUCUGUUACUAAAACACAAAAUUUGGAAAAAGCGCUGGAUUCAGACUCGUCUUUAGAUUCUGACUUGAGUUAUCGUUAUGAAGAGCAAGAACCAAGCAUGAAGUUAUCUGAUUCUUUACAAGAAUAUAUCGAUUUUCUGAUGGCAAGUGGAAAAAAAUUACGCGAGAGCGAACACUUUAAAAAAGACAAAAUCGAGUUAUCUCAAACUCAACUCACUUUUGAUUCGGAUAAGGAAGUUAUUACGGAAGACGAAGAGAUUACUUCAGAUGGCGAAAGUGAACAAUUGAAACAAACAGAAAACUUAUCUAGAAGUCAACUUAAUUUUGAUAAAGACAAUAGAGAAAUAACUGAAGACGACGACUAUUCAUCUGAUGAUGAUGUAGUAGAAACCAGAGAAAGGAUGCCGGAAAUUAGGAAGUUCAAAGACAGAAGUGAAUCGCCAAAAUCUCAACUACACAGUGACAAAGAUAACGAGGAAAGUGGAGAAGAAGUAGAAGUAAUUUCAUCAGACGAUGAAAUUCAAAAAAAUAUAAAACGAUCCGAAGAAAUUACUUAUCAAGACCUACAUCCCUUAAAUGAAGGGUUUUAUGAUGAUAUCGAACAAAAAAACACUGACAUACCAGAGUCGUCAGAUACAAUUCUUUGUGUACCAAAGGAGUUAUACGAAGAGCAAUCCAGCGGAGAAAGUGAGUGUUCUGACGAACAAGAACGUACUUAUAAUGAAUUAGAAGCCAACAUAUUUGGUGAUACUGGAUUUGAAGAUACUGUGUUUCGAAAAUCAAAAAGAAGCGGCACGUUUACAGAUGAAACUACGGCUGUUAAAGAAGAUGAAGUUGUCCUUAUAUCUAGCGAUACUGAAAAUGAUAAAGAUUCCAACAGUCGUGGUAGUUAUAAUUCAGCUUAUACAAAGUCCACCGAAAAAUGUUCCGAAGAUUAUACUAAUUCCGAUGCAUCCCAAAGUACAGAUGGCAAUAAUAUUAACAUACAUUACGAGGUUCAAGAAGAUGUCAAUGAUGAAGAAAACAACGAAAAAGAAGAUAAUAGAGUUACAAUUGAAGAACAAACAGACAAUGAUUUUGAUCAAAUUGAUGAAAAUGAAGAUGAUCAGGUUAAUAAGGGUUAUUUUAUGAUUGUUGAAGAAGUAGAAAGUAACUCCCCAGAAAAUUUAGAUGAAUGUAAUACUCAAAAUUCCUUUACCGAAAUUGUUGAUACUGAAGAAAUAGAACAAGUAGAAAUACCUAUAAAUGAAACUUCACAUAUUGAUCCACUAUCAAACAUUGGAAAUGAAGAAGCUGAUAAUGAAACAAAAUCAGUUUUUGAAAUGAAUGUGUAUAACGAGAAUGAAUCUUCAAAUCCAGAUCCAAUGUUAAACACAGAAACCAGUAAUAUAUUAGGGCAUGAUUCUGAAUCGGACGAAUCAAUUAACAAAGAAAUUAAUGAAUUUCUAGAAGAACUAGAAAAACCAGAUCAAAUAAUAGUUAAUGAAACUACUAAGCUAUUAGACAAUAUUGCAAAAGAAAAUGUACUCAUUGAAAAAAGUAAAGAGAAUCGGGAUAUAGAAAUAAACCCUCUAACAGACGAAGAAGACAACAACGUAACAGAAGAAGACCCUGGAGAGAUAAAUGAACCAAGUACAGAAGUAUUUCCCCAAAAAAGUAAAUCUAAAGUAGAUCAAUCUACUAAUACAACUUUUGUAACUAAAGGCAAAACUUUCAGUAUUUCGGAGAAGAAAGAAGAAAAUAUAGACCAUUUUACAAAUGCUUCCAAAUUAGUGAGCGGCAAAAGUAAACAUACCUCGAAAAAAACUAAAAAAUCUGAGAAGAAAACAAACGUAGAAACAGACACAGCUAUUGCAUUACCAAAUAUAUUUGACGAUGUAGAUUCUGAAUUUGCGAAGAUUAUUGGUGAUGAUCCGCUUGCUUCUACGGAUACCACAGAAGGUGAAGCAUUUAGGACGGAAACAGUAGUAGUUGACAUACACGCGCUGAGUACUCCUGGUGAUAGAUCGCAGAAAACCCCUAGCAGAAGAGUAACUAGGAGAAGUAGUGCUGCACAGUCUCCUUCCAGAGAUAUAGAUAUAAGUACUGAUGUCGACCAUGGAAAACUAUUGUUCGUAGAUAUAAAAAAUGAUGAUUUUUCAAAGCUAAUUGAUUCUACCCUGAGCCCACAAAUUCACACCACCCCAGCAAGAAGAACGCGACGAUCACUUUCUGCAUUAGAAGCAAAUACGUCACUCCUCAAUACUUCUAGUUCCGACAACGUCAAUAUUGACUGCGAUAAUGACCAAUCUCUAAAAAUAAUUAACGAUUCUGCCUUGGUGGCGCUAACUCUUAGGAGGAAAAGAAGCGCCAGUGUGGAUGUCAAAACCUUCUCGAAACCAAGAACUACCAAAAGAACCAAGUCUGUCGACUCAAUGGGUGAAACUAUUAAUGAAAGAAAGACCAAGUCAAUUGCACAUAUGCCAAUUAUCUCGGAAGAAAAACCCGAAGCAGGAAAAGUAAAAGAAACUAGAAAAUCUAAAAGUGUAGUUGACAGUUAUACUACGGCGCGAAGACUUACGAGGCGCCAGGCAAGUAUGGUUAAAGAACUAACUAUAACUACUGAUGCGGAAUCAAUAGAUGACAUGCCAAAACUGCAAAUUGACUUGGAGCCAAUUGAUCCUAUUAUAUUAUUAGAAAAAGAUCAUUUUGAAGGAAAACCAGAUCCCGAGGAAAACAUAGUUUACGAACAAUCAUCGCCAUCAACUAGUACAGUGUCAGUUCCGAGAAGUAGAAGAAGAAGUAGGUCAAAUUCAGUUUUAUCAGAGGCGUCCACGCCGCCCUCUCAAAAUUUACCUGACACUCCUCAAAAACGGAAAACUAGAAGUCGGACUAAAAGUCCUGCUGCUUCAGUUUCAGGCAUAUCCACUCGAUCUCGAAAGCAAUCAGAGAGUGAUUUAUUGAUAUCGGAACAACCAGAGGAGUCUACUCCACCAAAAAGAGGAAGAUCGAAGAAAACAGACGACACUGAAAGUACUGGUAGACGUACAAGAAGUAGAGCUGGGUCUGCAUCUUCAAUUAAGUCAGAUGGAUCAGCUAAAAAGAAAGCUGCUAGAGGAAGAAGAAUAGUUUCGGCAAAAUCAGAAUUACCGGAAAUAUCGGAAGAAAAGGAAAGUGUAAAUAAGAAAUAACUGCUUUUUAGUACUAAUGAUUAACUUUUAUGUUUUUUCAAUAAAUGUUUUUUCAAUUGUCAUGUUGAAUGUAUAUUUUGUAUUGAUAUGAAUAAAAAAUCCUUAGUU